CUAUCGUUAUCGGUCUCGUUUAUCUGUAAGACAACACUAUAAAAAAUAAUUGCAACCGCUACCCCAGUUGGCGUUGGCAUCCUUUUGCCGUCGCUAAAAAUUGACUAUUUGCUUCGGCAAAGUUACGCCGUCGCAAAACUUGCGACUGAAUUACUACGCCGUGGCAAUGGGGUAGCCAAAAGUAGCCUAUUUUUCUUCGGCGAACGUUUGCAGUCGCAAACUUUCCAUACUUGGCGACUGCGUCUACAAUGCCGUCGCAUGAGAGAACAGCUACGAGCUCAAUUCUCUUAUUAAAUCUAUUUUCUAAUCAAAAAGCCCUAGCCUAUUUCCCUCAAUCUCUGUUCGAUCUCUACCGCAACCCUCUUUCUCUUCCUCUUCGUUCUGGAUCUAACCCAAUAAAUAACAUCGCAGAACUUGGUGGCCACUGUGUUGGUCUAAAUCCAGGGAUUAUUCUUUUUGGUUAUUUCAAUUUGGUUUUCUCUUCAGUCGUUCCUCUCCCUCUCUCUUUGAAUCGGAUUCAACUCGGAUGCGUCCAAUUUAAUGGCUGGGUCAUUAGUGAGAGAUUCGUUCUGUCCGAGCAGAAUUCAUGAGGAAUUUCGAUUGAACUCGUAUGCGUUCUCUUCUCUGCUCUCGGAAAGUUCGUAUCUUGAAGAAAAGGGUUCCUCACUAUGCUUGAAUUUGGGUUUCUUUUGACACUGGAAUGUAAGCAAAUAAUGGCCUGGUAGUUCCAAUACUUAAGCACAUACUGGGUGGACCAUGUUGAACAUUCUACAUGUGUGUACACCUACCCUCUGGUGGGUCACUAAGAAUCCGAACCAGCUGUGAGGCAUUCCUAAGUCAUGAAUGGCGCUGUUGCUUUGGUGGUUGUUGUAAUCUGUUUGGAGAGUAGAGUUGUUUUCCAUUCAUUUGGGAGAUACAUUCAGGUGCCUCCGCCUUUGAAUUACCUUUCGGUGACUACUACAAUGCUUGGAGGUGCAGCUGGAGCUGGUGCCUAUGCGCUGGGUAUGAUAUCUGAUGCCUUCAGUUCCUUGGCUUUGACUGCUCUGGCUAUUAUAGUUAGUGUUGCAGGAGCUAUCGGUGUCGGAUUUCCUGUUUUGGCUUGCACAGAAAUGGUUAUGCCAAUGUCUAGUAGCCGAGAUAGAAGCAUGUUUCAAACAUAUGAUUAUAAUUUCUCCUAUUUUCAAGAGUGGUGCUGGAAGCAGUUCAAUGUGAAACCAAGGCCUACAUGGAUAACAACAGAGUUUGGUGGACAUUUGGCUACUAUUUGGUUGGAGCGCAAGGAUUCCCUAGCUGGAGCAGUACUUUUGGCCUUAAGGCAACAUUGUUAUGGAGAAAUUUGAGAGGAGGGGCAUGAAGUAACAAAUCAAGUAGGGGAACAUAUCACCUCAAGUACGAUUCUGGAUUACUCGCAGCAGCCCCCUAUUCAGGAACUAAUUGGAAGGGAUCUUCAUGAUAUAUAAUGAAUGGAAAUUCAGACAUAUUUCGAGGAGGCUUGCAACAACACUAGAGUAAUUGGUACAUGAAGUAGAUCGAGGAAGAUCCCUGCAAAGUUCAUCUUGAAGUAGAGGAAAAUAACUAACUUUUUUUUUUAGAUUGAGGAAAAUAACUAAAUUGUAAAGCUUAAUUAUCGAUCUUGUAAAUUUUAGUAGAAGCUUCAAUAUUCAUUUUGUAACAUUUAUGAGGAAAAUUAAAGUGUAACAUUUCCUUUUAUAUAAGCUUCAUUCCUUUU